GGGAAAACUGUCAAAUAGGUCCUCGUACUUUCGUGAAAAAGUCAAUUAAGUCCUUCUACUAUUUUUCGAAUCAAUCAAGUCCACCAAGUUCAAAAAAUCAACCAAAUCCGCCAUUUCACCGGUAAGCAACCGGUAGCCCAUAUACAUGAUGAUCUGGAGGCCCACGUGGCAAUUACCUCUAUUCCGUUUUUUUAUUUCUUUGCUUCUUUCUCUGCUGAACGGUGAGCCAUCUUCUUCCUUACAGACCUCUUCUUCCCAGUGUCGUACCAGUACCUUUCUCCCCCCUCUUGUUUUCUUUCUUUCUUCUUCCCUUCACUAUCCUUCUCCUCAUGGUUUUCUCCCUCACCCCAAUUUCUUUAUUUUCCAAUUUCUUUUUCUUUCUUUUCUUCAAUUCUUUCAACUCUCUUUCUUGGAUGGGUGUCGGCGGUUGAGAAGUUGUGGCCGACGGGAGGUGGGCGUCCGGCAGCGGUUGAAGAACACAUGGGAGAUGGUGGCACGCGGCAUCCGUUGGGAACAAUUUGAGCUGCGGGUGACGGCGGUUGGGGAAUUGUGGGAGACAACGGACAUCGCUUGGCGGCGGCUGGCCAAGCUUUGGCUAUGGAAGAUCCAGAUUGGAGAAGUACGGCCGACGAGCAGUCCACAGUGGCGAUAAGAAAGUAAUAGAACAAAGAAAAUACAGAGUAGGUAAGAAAGGAAUAAAAAAGAAAGAACGAUAAAACACAUAGAAGAUUAGGGAAGAAGAAGAGGUGGUCUGAGAGAGAAAGAAAGAGAAAACAAAAAAGGAAAAGAAAUGAUAAAACUAAAAAUAUUGCAACGUGGGCCUCCACAUCAGAAACUACCGGGAUUACUGGCUGCUAACCGCUCAAAUGACGAAUUUGAUUAAUUUUUUGGACUAGAUGGACUUAAUUGAUUCGAAAAAUAGUAGAAGGACUCAAUUGACUUUUUCAUAAAAGUACGAGGACCUAUUUGACAGUUUUCCCUUUGAAAUUGCUUACAUUCGAUGGGGUGAAAAGAGUCUUCUCAUUAAACUUCUUUUUUACCCUCAUCUCAAAUACUCCGUACCAAUAACUAACUAACCGAGAUACCAAUCAUUGAACAACGAACACCAGUGUUAAUAGGGUUUAAAUAAGGUAAUCUCAGAAAUUAGUUCCAACCAGUUCGGACUUCGGCCAAGAACCUUGCCCGGCAGAGCGGCCGGCCACCGGCGCACCUACGCUUGGGACAAGAGCUGAUUUUUCCGUCUGCUGUAAAACCGUACAGUGUGCUGGUGUAUAAUUCCAUUGUUUCAGAGAAUGCUGGAGCAUAAUAAGAACUGUCACCAUGAUAUCAUCAGUAUCCUCCCUGAGAGUUUAAGGGAAACCAUCCUAACAUAUUUGCCUCUUCAAGAUGCUGUUAGGACUAGUGUGCUAUCAACUAAGUGGAGGAACACAUGGACUAAGAUUUCACAUCUUUAUUUUGAUGAGACUCUCUGGCCUGGAUCAAGUGGGGGUGACAAACUGGAGCUUAAAAGUAAAUGUGUUCGGCGAAUACUCCAUACUUUGCUGCGACAUGAUGGUCCUAUAAACACACUGUUUCUUUCAAUUUCUAAGCUAGGAAUUUUCCCUGAAGUCGACAACAUAAUGUUAAUCCUGUCCAAAAGUGACGUUGAACAUCUCGUACUUGAAUUUUGUUCCGGCAAGUAUAUAUUGCCUUCUACAUUUUUCAAGUGUCAGAGACUAAAACAUCUAUCCCUUUGUUCCUGCUUGUUUCAACCAUCUUCCAACUUCAUUGGAUUUAGCCAGCUUCUCACCGUUGAAAUGAUUGAUGUAGCGAUGAGUUCAGAACAGCUUGAAAGUCUUAUUAAUGGUUGCCCCCUACUUGAAGCCUUGACGCUGAAAAUCUCUCCCGUGUGUUUAACUCUUGAUAUUCAGGCUCCUAAACUUAAGUACUUUGAGUUUAUAAGCAAAUUAGAAUCGGUUUGUUUCAAAAACACUCCACAUCUCGUGGAGGUGGUAAUUGUAUAUGAUUACGAUACACGGAUUAUUGAAUGGAAAGAAACGUCUUUACGUGAGGAAUCUAAUCUUAAUGAACUUUUCAAGUCUCUGCCUGCACUUAGCAAUCUGCGCCUUGGUUAUACGCUUCCAAAGUUUGUAUCUUUGAUUGGACUCCCAGAAAGACAUAGUCCGACCGCUGUCUGCCUUAACACUCUUGUACUUGAGUGGAUAUGUUUAGAAAGAAUGGGUGAGAUGGCAUCUGUGCUUUUUAUAGUUAGAAUGUCACCAAACUUGCAAGACAUCAUCAUUCAUCUAUAUAACAUUGUUGGUACUGCUGACCAAAAGCCUUCUCCCAAGUCACUGGACGUCGAAGAAAACUCGGAUGUGAAACUGAAUCAGCUGAGAAGUGUGCAAUUCUCAGGUUUUACAGGCACAAGAAACCAAAUGGUGCUUGCAAAACUUCUUUUAACCAAAUCUCCGAGGCUCAAUAAAAUGGUAAUUAAACCCAACACCAAACAGUGCAAUGCAAAAAGAGGAUUUUCGAUAUUGAAAGAGCUAAUACGGUUGCCACGGCCAUCAGCAGCUGCAGAGAUUAUCUUUGGAUAAGUGAGGCAAUAGUGUCUAUGAAUAUUUGACUAUGGAUGCCACAAGUCCACAACUUCAUUUGCAUGUUUUCUUAUCUUUAUUUUUGCGGACCUUGGCAUUUGCAAGAGAAUUAAAUGAUGCACUUUUCUAUCAUUUAACAGGCACAAAACACCAAAAUUAGACAAGAUGCUAGUGAAGAAUGAAUAAUAACUUUGUAUAUUAUAUUGUCGUUUAUAUUUCUCAAAUCAGGCUGCUACUGUAAUGGCUUAAACCUGUGUUUUAUAUUAUGGCAUUUUGCUAUUUGGUAAAACACUAAAAUU